AUGUCGACGAACGGAACAAAUGGAACCGAUUCUUCAUCAUCUACUGGGGAAGUUGUCCUAUGGAAAGCAGUCGUAUUUUUGUUAUUCGUUGCUCUUUUGCUGAUUGUUUCAGUUGUGUUGAUACUCUAUUUCGAAAAACUCUGUUGUUUUGCCCGAUAUCGGUUUUUGAAACAUUUCCUACGAAAAAUUACGAGAACUAAACGUUCAGCGCCGACCUCAAUGAUAACUCAACCCGGCCUAGCAGCGCCUGUCGAUAAGCCCAAAGAAGAAAAGUUAAAUAUACCAGAAGUUCAAGAUCAUCUGUGGAUCGCUGGGCAACGUGAACAUAUCGAAAACUUCGAAGCGUUAGAUGUGUUAUUCGUUGGUGACUCGAUCAAUACGCAAUUGAUCGACGGAAUCAAUAUAAUUGAUGAUGAAAGUUCGCAACCGAAAUUUGUCAAAUUACUCAAUAAUUCCAAACAAGAUGUAGCAAUGAAUGGAUGGAUUCUCAAACGCAAAGUUGGUGCACAAAAUUAUGAAUUUAAAUUUCCAAAAGGAAUGAAUUUGAAAGCUGGAGCAACAGCAACGAUUUGGAGUUCGGAUGUCAAUGAUAUUCCGGUUGAUCCGCCGACAAACUUGAAAUUACGCACAACAAAAUGGUUUACUACUGGUAAUGAAAGUAAAAAAACAAUCUUAGAAGAUUCGGAUGGACGCGUUGUUGCUGAAAAAGUGGUCAGCGUCAAAUAA